AUGGAACCACCGCGCAAACGGCAGCGUCUUUCGCCCGACCCCCGAAACGACGUUGACCUACAGAUAGCACGAGCGCGAAACGACCAGAAGCUCAAAUCGCUGUUCGAAGGCAUUUUCGAAAAAUACGGCAAGGACUUUAGUGAUAUCGGCGAUGAAAUCGAUUUAAGUACCGGUGAAAUCGUGGUCAACAAAGGACAUGUGCAGCACAUGGAACAUGAAGACGAUACUGGAGAGUUAACGGGAGCGGAAUCGGAAAACGAGGGGGAGGCGUCGCACAAUGAACAGGAUGGAACCGAAGAUUGGGAUACGUCAUUUCAAAAAGCGAGAAAGGCUCUUCUCAGUUUGGGUAGCAAAGAUGUUGAGGCUGCUAUUGAGGUUUCGCCGGUCGAGACACCUGUGAGCAGACCCACCGAUCCCCAAUGGCAAGCUCCCGAGAUAGAUGCAAACUUCUGGACGCCGCCGAAGAAGGAAUUGCCAAAAGAAGUACAUCAGACUCCUCGCGCAGAGCGGCCCAAGUCUCCGCCAUCAGCUGCGUCAGUUUGGGCUGUUCGCACACCAGGACGUCCACGAGGUUCAACAUCCAAGAAAGUCCCAGCAUCAAAAGGACAAAGCACUUCCUCCAGUAAGAAGACGUCGGCACGCGCAAAGCCAAAACGCAAAAGUCCUCUGAAACUUGACUGGAACUUUGCGCAUAUACAAGAUGAUAACAGUGACUCGGAUGAUCCGCUUCAAGACGACACGCUGCCUUCAAGCAUCCACUCGAAUAAGGUCCGUGGUCGCAAGAGUGUCUCUAUUACGCCGAAAGCGUUGAGUGUUAUUUCCAAUAACGUGCUUGAUACCACUCCCAAGCGCCAAGGCAAGGGCGGUGAUAAAAAGAAAAUACGGCAUGCCGAACAAAUAGAACCAGUACCCGACACACCUGAAGUGCUGUCCUCGAGCCCAGCAAUACUAAAUGAAACACCAACGCAUAGACGAUAUCCAGUGAACUUCGAUUCUCCGUCAACCAUCAAGCUAGAUGAGGUUAUUCUCACCCCUGACGAGGUAAAAGUGAUUGUGAGAUUCAAAUGCGAAUCUGUUACCGGUCUGUGUAUGGAGGACAUAGUAGAACAUCUUCCUGGGAGAACAUUGGAUGACUUGCUGAAUUGGGCGGAUCACCAUUCACUUUUGUUUCUGUCCAAUGGGUCCGUGACUAACGCCGGGUGGUCCACGGAUGACCUGAAGAAACUUGACGAGUUUGCAGAUGAGUCCGGUAUGUGGUGGCGAGAUAUUCAAAUCUCUUUCCCUUGUCGAUCAAGGAAAGAGAUCGAGAAGCAAAUGAUACGAAUAUGGACUGAGCGGAUAUUGGAAGAACAACAGCGGAUAAAAGACGAGGAAGAGGCCAUGGAAUUGGCUCGAAAGAAGCGGAAACAUUCACAGACUCCGUACUCGGACGAUAAUGAUCCUGCACUGAGAACAGGCGAUGUCAUGACGAAUGAUGACUUGGAGGACUUGCUAGAAGAGGAGCUGGACAAUGACUGGUCGAGUAUUUCAGCUAUUGGCGUAAGACCGCACGAAUAUGGCGCCUCUAGUUCGCCUCGCAAGUCGCCACAGAAAUCGUCGCCGAUGAAAAGCUCCCCAAGGAAGAGCUCGGCAUCUCCACGCAAGUAUUAUUGA